AUCCAAAAUAUGGGCCGCCGAUCUAGACUCUACCAGCAGCGCAUGAAUGCAUUGGCUCAUGUCCAGAAUCCGGGAAGAAAGAAAAGCCAUCCUUCAGUAGCCGAAGACCUCCCCGCUCCUCCUCCAACAUCCGAUAAUGGUUCUUCUCAGGAUACAGUCGCCCCGCUCGAGAACAUGCAUAGCCCGCCCCAGGAUAUGCAUAGUCCACCACCAAUAAUAGUCGGCCCUCGUGGUGGAACAUCUAGAUGGACGGCAACGAGACUUCGGCGGCGGGCCCAGGACGAAAAUGCAACAGAGCUGCAAAUGUUGCCACCGGCGAGUCCGCCACAUCAGCCGCUGAUGGAUGAAGAAGAAGCAAGUGGGUCGUUGGUCACCAGUACCGAUACUGACCCGGACACGGAUCCGUUCAGUGUUCCAAUACUUGAAGAUGCACGUUCCCGGCUGGAGAAAAAGCUCCGAUCCGUUCUUCAGAGACCAAGCGGUUUGCAGGAUCAAAACUGGCACCGGCAAGUCCUUGAGCUGCUCAAUAAGCAACUAGUCGAACCAGAGAAGAGCCGGAGGCGGUUGGAUUUGGAAGUUGUACACGGCUACCACCUUAAGGAAAAGGCUGCCCGUCGGUUGCUGGCUCACGAGAAGGAGUGGAUCACCGUAGGAGUUAUUCCACUAAGCAGGAAAGGACGACAUUAGGUAAAUGUGUGUGCUAGUCUUACCGGAAGGGAUACUCAUUUGGCAGCGAGGGAUACAAGGAACGGGUGUAUACUAGUCAUCGCCGGGUGGCGAAGUUGCAUGUUUGAGAGUUGUCAAUUGUUUUUUGUAUUUUUUUUUGGCGGGGCCGUUGCCAUGUAGAACAAUUAGAUGCUAGCUAUCUAACGGGUUGGGUUUUCAGCCCUGGGAUGGGAGCUGUGGGCGGUCACAUCUUGCGAAGAAAAUAAUUCUAUAUACCGCGUAACCACGCUUCUUCCUCCCGAGUGAUAAAAAUAUAAGAAGUUCUAUCAAC